AUGGAUGGGGACCUAGCUGGAGAGAAGAGGUUGCUGCAACUCGAUGAGCUUGAUGAGUUUCGAUUGCACGCGUAUGAGAAUGCCAAAUUGUAUAAAGAGAAGACUAAGAGGUGGCAUGACAAGCACAUUCAACGUCGAGAGUUCGAGCCAGGGCAAGAAGUUCUUUUGUUCAAUUCGAGGUUGAAGCUUUUCCCCGGAAAGCUAAAAUCUCGUUGGUCAGGCCCUUUUGUUGUAGUAAGUGUGAAACAUCAUGGAGCUGUGGAAUUGCGAGAUAUGAGUUCAACUGGUACCUUUUUGGUGAAUGGUCAAAGGAUAAAACAUUACUGGGGUGGUGACUUUGCACGUCACAAGACCUCGGUGGACUUGAUGGAUGCUUGA